CAUGCUCAUUCAGUUUACUCACUUGCCCACCUAUUCUACAAUUUCAUUUUUCAUAACCUUAAAUUUUUGUCUCGCUCUUUUUAUUCGUGGUACGCUUACGAAAUGGCAGAUACAACAGUGUCCAAAACUAAAGCCAAGGCUGCGCCUAAGGAAAAGAAACUGAAGGAGAAACCUUCAGAGCCAAUUCCAUUAAAGAAGAGGCCCUUCAAAAGACACGGACGGCUUUAUGCUAAAGCCAUUUUCACUGGUUACAGACGAGGUCUUAGGAACCAACACGAGCACACUGCUUUGUUAAAAGUUGAAGGUGCCAGAGUUAAAGCCGACUCUGAUUUUUACGUUGGCAAACGAUGUGUUUUUGUCUACAAGGCUAAAAAUAAGACACCUGUUCCCGGUAAAACCACAAGAAAAACUAAAGUUCGUGCUAUUUGGGGCAAAGUAACACGUCCACAUGGCACCAGUGGAUCAGUACGUGCUAAAUUCAAGAGAAAUUUACCCGCUAAAGCUAUGGGACAUCGUAUCAGAAUUAUGUUGUAUCCAAGCCGAGUGUAAAAAACAAUUUGUACGUUAAAAAUCUAAAAUAAAACUCGAUACUGACCUCGAAA